AUAUAAUAGUAAUACGGAGAGUGAGAGAGAGAGAGAGAGAGGGGUGCUAGAUGUGUUUGUAAAUACUUUUGUUUUGAUGCUUUUCUUUCUUUACUAGUUUCCACUCGGCAUCUUCGUCUUCUACAAGAAGGCAGAUCUGAGAAUGAUCUCCUCUGCUCCAAGAGCAAGAAGAUUGUUAAUGGUGAGUAGCUUCUUGAGUCAAUGAUCUUUCCUCUUUCUCCUCUCCCCGUGAUGGGUACUGAAGGAGAAGAGGCAGGAGACAAGAAGCAGGAUGGAGAAGCCAUCUGGAAGUCCUUGAACCUUCCCAAGGAUUUCUGCAAUUUUCGGCUCUGGCUGUUCUCGUAAGGUGCUCUCUACAUGGCCUUCCAACACUAGAAGUAAUCUCCGUCUCCCACCCGGCAACCUAGAAAGAGAAAAAGGCACUCCUGGUUGCACUCCUCCUCCUCCUCUCUCUCUCUCUCUCUCUCUUUCUGCACUCUCUACGUACAUACAGAUACCUAUAUAUUUGUCAACAGCCAUGAAAAGGAUGGAAAACUCGGACUCUUUGGGGGGUCUGCUUCCUAUAUGUCCAACUUCAGAAGAGAAGAAUGGAGGAGGUGGAAGCAGCUACAGCAGGAGCUUCCAAAGCAUCUUGGAUGGUUUCGACGAGGAUGAUUGCAGUGAGGAAGGGGGUCGGAUUCAGGAAAAGAAGAGACGCCUGACAGUGGAUCAGGUGAAGGCCUUGGAGAAGAACUUCGAGUUGGAGAACAAGCUCGAACCUGAGAGGAAAGUGAAGCUUGCUCAGGAGUUAGGCCUACAGCCCAGGCAGGUUGCAGUGUGGUUCCAGAACAGGAGAGCCCGCUGGAAAACGAAGCAAUUAGAGAGAGACUACAGCACACUCAAAGCAGACUAUGAGACUCUCAAGGCCAGCUACGAGUCCCUUCAGAAGGAAAAGGAAUCUCUCGUGCAAGAGGUGAGAGAGCUAAAAGAAAAACUAGAGGAGACGGGCAUCGUCACGAGGGACUCAGAAAGCCAGCAAGAGGAAAUUGAAAUGAUCGGUGAGGCGGAGGUCAGAGCAACAGAACAGAGCAACCAUAAAAACAGCAACAUUAUGCUGGUAAAUGAAUCUGCAGAGAGGAGCAACUCCAUCGAUCAGAAGCCCAGCAUCGUUACUAGUCCUCCUAAUGCUGCCAUCUUCAACGAUGUCAAGGAUGGCUCAGAUGAUAGCGACUCCAGCGCGAUACUAAACGAUGAUAAUAGUCCUCACAGGCCCAUCGUCGCAGCCGAGCUCUUCCCUCAGCAGUUCAUCAACCAGCCAUCGAAAUUCAACUUCUCUGUGGCUCCCUCGCCAUCAUCGCAAUCACCAUCCUCUUCUUCCUUGUCCUCCCACAAAACCUUCCAUCAGUUCCUCAGGAUGGAAGAGCACAACUUUCUGAACUCCGAGGAGUCUUGCAACUUCUUCAAUUACGAGCAGCCCCCAACUAUGCCAUGGUACUACGACCAAUGGACGUGAGAGGGUAGGACGGGAAACAAACAAACUUGGGAAAAAGAAUUCUUCGAAUCAGGAUCGGUGCAGAGAGGAAGCAAACAGGGGGAAGCGGUUUUUGUAAAAUUUGGCUUUUUAUGUGUUUACCUUUCCUUGUCUACCAGCUCGCUGAUGUACAAAAUUUUCCGAAGGGAAAAAGGGAGAAGGAUUGUGAAUAAAGAAAGGAGGCGGAUCAGUGCCGGGAAAAUAAGAAAUCAGGAUCCUCCGAAAGCCAUUUCCUUGUUUGGCUGCCUCUUUCUCUAAAUCUUUGUGGUAGCCGGUAGGUGAUGCGAGUUGACCGCUUUCCUUUCACCUGGUUCACUCUUUCUUCCUUCAAAAUUUUCCUGACCAUGAUUGCGUUUCCUUUCCUUUGUGGGAUUUCUCCCGUGCA